AUUAGUUUUCAGACAAAUACAAAAAAUUUCAGUCAAUUAAUGAAUAAAAACGUCUGUAAUUAUUGCCAUAAUUCCGCAUAUAAAAAAGUAACACAUGUUAUAUUUGACUUAGAUGGUACAUUGAUAGACACGGUCGGAAUUUAUGAAGAAGCCUUAAAAAAAAUUGUUGAAGAAUUUGGAAAAAAAUAUUCUCCCGAAUUAUAUGAAGCUGUACAUGGAAGAAUUUCGGAAGAAGUUGCAAAAACUGUUAUAGAAAUAUUAAACUUAAAUGCGUCAGUCCAAGAAAUUACACACUUGUAUAAAGAAUACAGUGCUGAAAAAUUAACAGUCAUGACAUGUCCUUUAUUGCCGGACACAGAAGGAGUUUAUUCUGGAGUCUUAAAAAGAAUUGUCGAAGAUCUUGGACAAAAAUAUUAUCAUGAGUUAGCCUUGACUGUAUGUGGAAAAACUACGGAGGAUCUUGCAAAAACUAUAGUAGAAAAAUUAAACUUAAAUAUAUCGGUCGAAGAAUUUGCAAAGUUGUUUACAAAAUACAGUGAUGAAAAAUUAGCAGGACCUCCUUUUAUGCCCGGUGCAGAGAGAAUAGUAAGGCACUUACAUGAAAAAACUAUUCCAAUAGCUAUUGCAACUUCAUCUAGUCAAAGAAGUUUUGACAUGAAAACGCAGCCACACAAAGAAUUGUUUGAUCUUUUUCAUCACGUUGUAUGUGGGGGCUCCGACCCUGAGGUAAAAAAUGGCAAACCAGCACCCGAUAUUUUUCUAAUAUGCGCAUCCAGAUUCGACGACAAACCAGAACCAAAGAAUUGUCUAGUGUUUGAAGAUUCAGUUAAUGGCAUGAAAGCAGGUAUAGCAGCAGGAAUGCAGGUUGUAAUGAUUCCUGAUGAAAAUGUAUCACAAGAAAUGUGGAAAAUGGCAACAUUAAGACUCGACAAUUUGAAUCAAAUCCAUCCGCAACUGUUUGGAUUGCCGCCUUUUCCUGAAGCCUCAAAUAAGUGAAAUGUAUCAUCUGUUGCCGAAGAUAAAAAAUAAGCAUGUCGAAAUUAACAAUUUUAUUUACACAUGUUAAAAACUACAAUAUAAAUUACUAAUUCCAAACUUA